GGGCGGUAUUGUGGUGAGUGAUGGGUGGACAGACAGGGACGAGAUGCUCGACAAGCUGCCAGUGGAGCUGCUGCAGGUCAUCGCCUUUCGUCAGAGUCAUGCGCUUGCAGGGCGAGAUGUUGUGGCGAUGGCGAUGACGUGCAAGCGUAUGCAUGGGGCGGUGCUGGGAUCGCGGUUUGUGCGGCGGCUGGCGACGGCGAUGAGCGGAUAUGACGCAUGCAUCGCGCACGGGGAGUGGGGCGGCGCGCAGCUUGCGCUGUCGCGGCUCAAUCCGCAGCCAGUAGUAAGGUUCUGGCAGAAGAAGAGUCGAGUCGAGCCGGUGUUUGCGGUUGCGGGCGAGGCUGCAGACGACAGCAUGUGGCAGGCGCUGGUGAUCGAGCUCGCGCGGGCUCGCGCUGUUGUGGCCAGGCAGACACAAGUCGGAGCCGAGCUUGGCUCGCGGCGUGGGCUCUCGCCCAAUGCCUUCUACCCGCGGCUCUCGGUGGCGGCGCUGGCGGUCGAGGCCGGGCUGAUAGGCCUCGCGCUCAAGGUUCUCCCGCUCACCGAUGAAGCAGGGCGCGGAUGCACUCUGGUGGCGGCGGCCGGGCGUGGUGAGGCCAGUGUCGUCAUGGCUGUUCUGAGAGAGUCGCCGACGCCGGGGACUGUGUACCUCGAGACAGCAAUCGCGCACGCUGCGUUCAAGAACAAUGUCGGCAUCCUCGAGGCGCUACUGGCGCAACCAAGCGGAUCGCCAAGCGGAGACAACCAUCUCGCAGUGGUGGCUGCAGCGGGUGCUGGCGCUUAUGACGCGGUCGAGCUCCUGCUCGCUGACGGGCGGAGCGAUCCGUCUGCGCGCGGGAACCGGGCGAUCUACGACGCCGCCGCCGGUGGACAUGCCGACGUGGUGGCGCUGCUGCUGAGUGAAGAGCGGGUCAAUCCCAACGCACGCAAUCGGUGGCCGGUGUGUGCGGCGGCGGCAAACGGGCACGUCGCCGUGGUCAAGCUCCUGCUGAACGAUCCGCGGAAACUGGUCGAGAACUGA